UUUCAUAAAACACACAAUCCCUCUCCGAUUGUAGUCCACUCCCUUCUCCUUGCCGAACCCUAAUUCUCAAUUUUCUUUUUUAUACCCCAAAUUAUUCUCCUCAGAAUUUCACAAAUUUCCCCAAAAAUUUGUCAAAUCCUACAAGCAACCAAUGGGUUCAAAAUCCAGAAGCGAUAAUCCUCAUACCGGCGACGGUGCCAGCCCUGGGAAGAUUUUUAUUGGAGGAUUAGCUAAAGACACCACGUAUGCUACGUUUAAUAAGCAUUUUGGUAAGUAUGGAGAAAUUACUGAUUCAGUAAUUAUGAAGGAUCGGUACACUGGCCAGCCUAGAGGAUUUGGUUUUAUUACUUAUGCUGAUCCUUCAGUUGUAGAUAAAGUUAUCGAGGAUACUCAUAUUAUCAAUGGGAAACAGGUUGAGAUUAAGAGGACAAUACCUAAAGGUUCUGGGCAAUCGAAAGAUUUCAAGACUAAGAAAAUAUUUGUUGGUGGAAUUCCAUCUGCUGUCACUGAAGAUGAACUUGAGAACUUCUUUUCAAAGUAUGGGAAAGUGGUGGAACACCAGAUCAUACGUGAUCAUGAAACCAACCGUUCACGAGGAUUUGGUUUUGUUAUUUUUGACAAUGAAGAUACUGUAGAUGAAAUGUUAACCAAUGGAAAUAUGAUUGAUAUGGCUGGUACUCAGGUGGAGAUCAAGAAAGCUGAACCAAAGAAAGCCUCCAACCCACCACCUGCUCCUUCAUACGGUAGUAACUCUAGGAGUCGUUCUUACAAUGACAGCUAUGGUGGAUUUGGAGGUUCUUAUGGGGGGUUUGAGGGAGGUUUUGGAUCCGGUCCUUAUAGGACUCCUGGGGGUCUGGGUGGUAGACUUAGUGGAUAUGGCUAUGGUAAUGGUGGUGGGGAUAUUGGUGGGGGCUAUGGAAAUUUUGGAGGGGGUAGCUUAGGAGGUUACCGAGGUGAACCUUCCCUUGGUUAUUCUGGUCGUUUUGGACCUUAUGGCGGCGGUGGGUUUGGUGGAGGUUACGGUGGCAGUGGUAUAGGAGGUUAUGGUAGGGGAGGUGAGGGUUAUGGAAGUUAUGGAGGUGCGGGAUAUGGUGGUGCUGGGGGUUAUGAAUCUGGUCCAGGUGCCGGUUAUGGAGGAGCAGGUGGUAUGUAUGGAAGGGGAGGCUAUAGUGGCACUAGUCGAUACCAUCCCUAUUCAAGAUAGAAUGAAGUGUGAUGCAGUUGCUUAAGCUUUGCCUAGAAGUUUCAAAUAGUUUAAAGCAUUGUGAAGUCCAUAGGCACUUUCUUACAUGCACUAGAAGUCUCAUAUCUCUGCAAUUGAGGAAGCUUUAAGGAUAAGAAAGAAGACCACUGAAUUAGAAUAUUUCUAUGUAUUUUUUAGACAGAUUGCUUAGUUUUGAUUUAAGGUGUCACUUGUUCUAGCUAUUAUUGAUAUAGAUUGUGUAUUAGACAUAGUUUCUCGGAGCUUAUUGCUACUUUCCUUUAGUUUUAUUUAGGUAGGCAUCUUGCAAUUGAUACCUAUGCUGGAUUAUCUAUUCGACUUAGCAGUCGGAUCUUUAAUGUUGAUGCUUUAAAUCAGAUUCAGUUA